AUGGCAGGCUCAUCGGUGUCGCAUUUGGAGGAGAUGUUGCAUUUGAAAAAGAUUGAGCCGGACCUAUUCACCAGCGGCGAACAACUUUGGCAUCCUCCAGGAGGCAGAGGGAUCUAUGGUGGGGUCAUUGCUGGGCUCUGUAUUCGUGCUGCCCAACACACGAUCAGCGAUGGCUUUUCCAUUCAUGCCACGCAUUGCUACUUCUUGGAAGUGGGAGACAGCAAGGAGCCCGUCGAAUUCUCCAUGCAGCGCGUGCGUGACGGCAAGUCUUUCAUCACCCGAAAUGUCAUAGCCAGCCAGGGCGGAAAUCCCAUCUGCUCUAGCACGGUAUCAUUCGCUCGCGACGGCACCCAGGACAGUCGACGACCCGUACAACAUGGACCCCCGAUGUCUGAAGGGCUGCAUCCUCCACCAGAAGAUCGUUCUUUCUCCAAUUCACAAAUAAUGGUAGCUCCGCAGAUGUUCCCGGUCGAUAUUGAGCAGGCCCACGGUCCGCCACACGGCCAAGUGAUGCGGAUUUGGAUUAGAUCCCCCGAGAAUAUUGCAGAGGCCAGCAACCACGCCCUUCAUCAGGUGAUCCUGGCUUUCCUCUCCGAUUGGGUCCUUAUGCCUGCCGUCCCAAUCGUGAAUAACUUGUGGAAGUUCCCUGAUGCAAUUAUUCCAGGGGACAACGUGUCAGCGUUUGAAGGAUCCGAGCUUGGCAUGCUCUUUACGCUCAACCACACCAUGUUCUUCCAUGAACCACUUGAAGUCAAGGCCGAUGAGUGGAUGCUUCUCGAAACAAACUCCCCGUGGGCAGGCAAGGAAAGAGGACUCGUGACGAGCAAGGUUUUCUCUAAGGGCGGUAUUUUGUUGGCCACGUGCAUACAAGAGGGUGGUGUUCGACUGAAAAAGACUACUAAGGUUAUGGAGGCGAAAAUAUAG